CAUUCGCUGCGCUUAAGUCAAUGCAGCAUUAACCUAAUGCAUAGCAACAAUGCAUAGCCACCUAAAACGUCGAUGACAACAUCAUCAAAAGGGCGAGCAUGUGUAACGGGAACCCAGCACUUCCUUUCUUGUCGAUCACCAAAGCAUUGCGCUGCUUCUUCGCCUCCGUUUUUCGACCGAACCCAAUGUCUCAACCGUCUAAAGAAUGGGUUCAACAGCGCCUAGCUGUACUCAGAAAGCAAGCCGGUUUUGCUUUCAAUAAUGAUUUGUUUAUAUCAAUUCUGCUUUGUCUCAUUUCUGGACGUGACAAGCACCUUAUUCUUACAGCUGCCCCGCAUCGCUUGCCCGAAGUUGCUCAAAUGGCUACCCUGAUAUGCCGCAGUCUAUUUGGAUUCUCCACUUCCAAUGUCGUCUGUCAACAAAGUCAAAGCCCAACCGAUCUUAUUCAAUCGCUUUUUGCAGCUACCAGGGACGACUACACUGAACCAACAGAGCACCGAAACAGUUCGCACAAAUUAUUCGGAGACUCGCUGCACCCAUCCGACAGCGGAAGCCGACAUAGACCAACCCAGUCCAUGCAAACAUUAGAUUCACGGCCUUCGCUUAUGUCCUAUCCUAGUAUUAAAACCAUGAACAACCGUAGUCAUGUAAGCGCUCAUUGUUUUGCUUGUCUUUUUUGGCCACAGUCGCUCAGUUUUGCCGUAUUCAUCGCUUAGUAUGACGAGGAUAAUCGAACUGCCCAUCCAGUGAGUCCUAUUGAUUUCAAUGUACCAACGAGAAGACGAUCUCCUCCGCAAAAUAUACGUUAUACCCACUUGUCCGCUGAUCGACGGGAUACUAUUAGUGCAAGCAGCAGUACCAGGAAGGAAUCUGAGUACACUCUAGGAGUGGAUUCAAUACAAAGGACAUCUUCUGGUGGCAAAUUGGCGCAGUCUGUUAUAAUACAAAGGCUUGAU